CUGUCCGGUUUCGUUGCCCCACAGGGUGCGCCGCCGGCCAUACCCACUUCGUUCACUACGAAUUUUGCCGACGUCCGAUUCCGCGGACCAGUUGGUAAUAAUUCAAACUACAACGUAUUGCCAUAUGCCAGAGUGGUCUACCCAUUCACCGCCGAAUAUGGAAAUGAGCUCAGCCUUAAAGUCGAUGACAUCGUCUCCAUAACCAGAAGAGUAGACAAGGACUGGCUCGAAGGUUCGGUUAAUGGAAAAUCAGGAAUAUUUCCUCAGUCGUUUGUGCAGAUUGUCGUAGAUCUGCCUAAUGAUCACCAAAAUUUAAUGGAAAACAAACGAGCUAGUGUAGUGGAUGAAGGGAUUGGCUUCGCAACCGUCCGAUACGAUUUUGUAGCCAGACAAAGUGAUGAGCUUAGUGUUAAAAUGGGCGAUUCCGUCAGGAUUCUCAAAAUGGUAAGAACAUUGUUUAAUUUCUGUCCCAAUAUUGAGUCAGAUCACAAUCUUGUAGUUUUCUACACUUGGCAACAAUUCAUUCGUUGCACCUCCUACCGUACCGAAUUGGCGCACGUCCACAAGACUGGAGGAUCCUCAACAGCCUUCAGGUUUUUAUUUUUGUGGUCCUUAUUUGUUAUAUGGCAUUAUUUCACUGUUAGAUACCUAAACGAGACUUAUUUAGCCAAGGCUUCGUCUCACGCAUGGGCUACAUUCGGUGAUGAUUGGGGUAUUGCUGCCGAGAAAAAGCCUCCUCCUGCUCGACCUCCUCCGCCGAAGGUAGUCCUUUCCUCAUUUUUCUUUUCAACUCGUUUCUAUAGCCGUUUUUUCCGUUAUUCCUUUUUUUUUUUACGGAGCUUAUCUUAUUUCAGGUUGCAGCCAUGUCUCCUUCAGAUCUUGGAAGAACUGAUUAAUACGGAACUACAGUUUAUCACUGAUAUAAAUGCAUAUACAGAGGCAGUCGAUGGGAGUACACGUUUAUCGCCAAAGCAAAAGGUGAUAAUGAAGAAUGGAUGUGCCCAAGUUGUUGAAUUGGCCCGUGCACUUGUGCAGGGGCUAACGAAUGAACAAAUGAAACCAAUUGAACAGCAAAUGAUUGGUGAAUGCUUUCUGAGGCUUCGUAAAUCUUUCGGGAAUACCUAUGGAUAUUAUUUCCGAAAUAUCGACCAUAUAAACUCUCUACUAAUGAGGACGGAUUCGAAGAUUGAAACGGCUUUACGGGAGCUUGUGGUCCGUAUGCGAGCGAGUGGUGCGGGUGUGUUUGAUGCAUCUACUGCCAUAAGCCGACCUGUGCAGCGUUGUGUCAAGUAUCCAUUGUUUCUUAGUGAAAUAGCAAAGUACACUGCUCUGAAUCAUCCUGACCAUCCUAAGUUACUUGAGGCAAUAAAACAGCUGUCUCACCUAGGAUCAAAGAUGAAUGAAAGCAAAAGAAGAAAGGAAUUGACUCGAAAGUAUAGCGAAGAGCCGUCAAACACCUCAAUCAGUGAUAGACUUUCAAAGUUUACCAUGCACUCUAUAAAGAAGAAAACCAACCGUUUCACAUAUCGUAUGGGUUCCUCGCUUGGCGUGGUUAAACUAACCCGAGACGCUGAUUUCGAUAGAUUGGUGUGUGAGUUAGAUCAAGCGGAGCGACGGCUAGUUCGUUUCAACUAUAUGCUUGUCAUCUACCGAAAGAAGAUGUUUUAUGAAACACGGCAGCUCAUACAAAAACGGCUCAUAGAACCGAGUAAGACUUUGAGCAUGAAUGCUGACGCUCAAACUUUUCCCUUCCAUGACAUGAUUAAAGACUUAGCGGUUGAUCUAAAUAUUAAAGUCCGAGAUGAGAUCGUGAAGGCAUUACGAGCUAUUCCGAAGAAGCUCAUCCGUAAGCGAAACGAUAAACUCAUGGAUUACGAAGCAGCGAAAUCCAGUAACAAGAUGGUAAAGUCAGAUUUCAUGUCAAAGUUCAAGGAUUUUGAAGCCUUAAAUAAUCAAGUAAAACAAACUCUACCCAAAGUAAUCGAAGUGCUUAACACAUUACAUCAUGAUUCAGUGUCUCUUCUCAGAAAAUUUGUUGGGUUUGUUUAUGGUCGUAUGAUUUUUAAGAAUUUCUUCUUCCAGUCGCGCUUGAUUGUCCCUGGAAUGAGUUGUUUCGCAAACUACUAUGAUCCAGAUAGAUUGAAACCUCUUAACAAUAUCGUAAAUAAGGUUUGCUGUUCCUUUUUUCUUUAG